AUACGAUGAAAGAAGAACCGAUUCGAUGCGCGUGUUCUCAAAUUUUAAGAUACGCCAAAAAUAAUAACGCAAAUCCACGUUUUUAGCAAAAUUCUUUUAUAGCUAACAUGUGGUUAGCGCAACCAUAAAAUUGUGCUCUGGAGUGUAUCAUGCGCCGAUAUUUACGUGCUCAAUGAUGGAUCGAAUCAUUGUUCGAGGUCGGGGAGUCGGUUCGCAUUCAGAUAUAAGCGAAACGAGGGACAGACACCGCCUGCGACUGAAUUUGCUUACGUUUAAUGACUGUAUCAAACGGGGCGCAAACGAUUGUGCAGUGGCGCUUAUCUGGCCUGCAGUGUAAUCGCGUUUCUCUGUUGGCUACUACGCGCAGACACCGCGCACGCACAUCUGCAUAUACCAAGUUCUACCUGUGUUCUCCUUCAGUCCGAGUCGUUCGGCUCAAAAACCGAUUUUAUGAGUGAAAGGAGCAACAGUAUAAUGAAUUUGAAGCUGAACAACGAUGUGAAGAGCUCUAUCAACACGGUCAAGUCCCGUGAAUCGAUUAUAAAGGAAGAGCGUCGACGGACGGGGAGGUAUAUAGCGAUCCUCGUGGGCAUACUCCUCUUCAUAUUGGCGUUUUACCACGCCUGGGUCCGUCGCAUACCUGUGGUGGCCAGUCUGGUGGUCCCGGCGCUCAUAAUGUUCGUGUACGUCGCGUGGGUGUUAUUCACAGCUUCGAGGGACAAACAUAAGUUUCUGGACGCGGAAGCCGCGCUGGCCGCACAGGAAGCCGCUAAUAAUGACGUCACAUCUGAACUGGACCAAAACAAUAUAGAAAUAAAAGUCAUCUCAAGUAAAGAAAAUAGUAUGACAUCCAUAGACGAUCCUGAGAAACUAUUGCCGAACAAAAAUGAUGCAGCGGUGCCUUUAAAAUCAAGCAAUAUCAAAACAGAGGUUGAGAACAACUCCUUGAUAAUGCCAAUAAUACUAGUAAACGAUAAGCCACCUGAAGAUUUCGAUCAAAAAUGGAUAAACAUCGUUGAGACUGUGAAUAGUAAUGAAAAAUUCAAAAGCAUUCACACAAAGAGAAAAAUCAGACGAAGAUUUUGCAGGAGCAGAAAGCACGCAGUAUUCAAGAGGUCUUAUUCUAUUGGUUGAACAGUGAUACUAUCGAAAAAUUACUUUAGGUUUAUACGCAAAUGUAUACUAAUAUUAAUAAAUUCAUUUUUAAUAUUA